AGCACAAGGUGUGGCCAGUCACCCGUGACGGAGCUUGAGCAAGUCUCGGUGCGACAAAACCGCGCGCAGCGCCCUCCCGCGCGACACUCACACACCCGCCAUGCGCCGCGCGCCACCGCUGCUGCUGCUGCUGCUGGCGACAGCCGCCGCCGGCGAGCCCCCGCAAGUCGUCGCCAAUGAAUCCAUCGACGCGCUCAUCAGCAAUGAUACCAUCGUCGUCGACAAUCACAACGGUACGCUGGUGCUGCGUGAUGUGAACGGUACUGAGAUUGAGCUAGACGGUGCCCCCGAUGAAGUAGUGCGAAAGAAACGGACAUUUGGCGAUAUAGUGUUUAGAGGCUUAGCUGACGUGCUCGGCUACAGUGUGCAGCGGAAGCCUCCUCAAGCUGAAUUCCCGCCUCCUCUUGCGCCAGUCCCCGGGAUUGACGCUCCACUGGCUGGGCCGGCACCUGCCCCUGCCCCGGCCCCCGCUCCAGCAGCUCCCCCGUGUGGGCAGCCCCGUGCAGCUGCACCGCCACCCUGCAGAGCCGUAAAGCCGCCCCCGCCACCACCUCCACCACCCCGACCUAAGGCAGUACCUCCGUGCCCAAAACCCCGAGCGGCACCGCGACCCAAACCCAAGCCGACUCCACCACCACCACCGCCACCACCAUGUGCUCAACCGCGCGCCAACCCGACUACACCCGCGCCUUGCGCUCCGCCUCCACCUCCACCGCCACCACCGAAACAAGCCGACAACCUCGAAAGGAUCACCUCGAAUCUUAGAUUAAACUUCAACUUUAAUCGAAGUCCCGUCACUCCAGUUACACCAGCCCCUGCACCGGCCGCCGAAGCAGUUCAAAACGAAGCUGAAGCCCAGGUAGACAGUCAGGAACAGUUCGUGCCAAUACCUAUUGCACCUCGGGCAGCAAAACUACCGCAAACCGAACCGCGACAGCCGCGCGUAUACGUCGAUGCGUUUGUUGUUAGAAACGGAGUGGCGCGCCGAGUUAACACAGUUGACGCUAAACAGUUCGACCCGCAGAGAGCUAACAAUUUCGACGAAGACUACCUCGCUUACGAUGACGACGCCGCUCGACAACAGCUGGACGACGAUGACGACGACUAUGAAGACGUGCAGGAGUCUCGGGACCGCGAAGCAGCUGUGCGACAAUUCGGUAACGCUGUCGACCAAUUUUGGCAAAAUAAAAAGCAGCAGAGAAAGCCAGCUCAGCAGAAGGCUCAGAGACUUCCCGCUAAUCAUUAUCAGAACGUACAUUUCGGAGACAGAGAUCUAGGCGACCAAAUACGCCGCCAUGACCGUGACGAGUCUCAUCAGAGUCUGCAGCGCGAGCGACCUCGUCCCAACAGGAUCCCGCUGCCGUUGCCGGAAGCAGAGGAUGACUCUGAGGUCACAACCACGACAGAAGAUCCCAAAAAACCUCUGAAACCGCGCGUGUUGCCGCCAACCGAGCAUAACCCGAAUCAAAUCGAUACAGUCACGGUACGAGUUCCACCGAUAUACCGUGAGAAACGACCGAGAAAGCUGCAUCGCGAGCGCCCAGAGCAACCAGACAGGGACGAGGAGGAAUACGAGCAACCGAGGUACGACCAGCCCAGGGAAUUCAGCAGCACGGAGCAGCAGGAGUACGAGCAGCACAGCGAGCAGGACACCGACGGGGACGACAGCUCCCUGGCGCCCCGCACCGAGCGACCUGCCAAGCGCAAGCGGCGCCGCAAGCAGAGCCGCAAGACGCGCGCUACCGGCGAGUACUACACCGCCGGAGAUUACGACUACUACGGUAACAAGGUACCCGUCUCGAAAGAAGAGAAGUUUUAUAUGGAUCUAACAGUACCGCCGCCCACUGUCGACUCAGAUGUAGCAAGACACGAGAAGCCUGUCGACAGCGGAUAUUUUCUAGAAGAUCAUGAACGGAUACGAGAAGACCCCAGCCAUAGGAUCCGAGACGACGACAGGAGUAAUGAAUCAGGCGACUCGGAGCGAGCUGACGAUAGGGAGCGAGCUGGCGACGAAGAGCGGAGUGCAGAGGACAAGGAGCGAUCCGUGGAGGACAAGGAGCGCGCUGGCGAGGAGGGCCGCGCGGACGAGCGCGAGCGCACCGACCGGCUGAGUCCCAACGCGCGCGUGCGCGAGACUGGCUACCAGAGCAACUACGUGCGCGCCACCAACGUGCAGGUGGACAACCCGCGGCCCGCCUUCUCCGUCGUCUCCAGCAAACAGAAGCCGACCAACAAGGCGUGA